UCGAACUAGGAAGGUUGUUCCGACAGGUUUUUAAAAUUUUAUCUUGCUAACUAUUUUCUUGUUGUGAAGGAACCCCAGCGAGGGAAUUGGUGAUAUUAAAUGAAUCCAGCUGAGCUCAACUACCAACCAGUGGCGACGUUCGAGAAAUACGAGAAGGAAAACCAUAAAAUGGAAAAAGGAAAUCCUAUGUGGCAGUUUUUGGCGGGUGUGACCGUUAACCUCGCUUCGGUGGCACUCGGGACCUGCCUCGGAUGGACCUCCCCGAUGGGCCCGGUGUACAAAUCUAACGACACCAACAUAAACCCGCUGGAUACUCCUCCGACGGAGGCGGAAGAAUCCUGGAUCGGAUCUCUGGUUGCGCUUGGGGCACUAAUAGCUCCUUUUAUUGCGGGACCGCUGGCUGAGAAGUUCGGCCGCAAGCUAACCCUGCUCGGUAGUUCUGCCUUUUUUAUCGUCAGCUGGAUCCUAUUGCUCACAGCAAGCACGGUCGGUCAAAUCCUGGCAGCUCGACUAAUUCAAGGUUUCGGUGUAGGCUUCGUGAUGACCGUGCAGACGAUGUACAUCGGAGAGAUUGCCAGCAACGAGUACCGAGGAGCGUUGGGUUCACUGAUGCAGCUGUGCAUCGUUACCGGUAUUCUCUACGUUUACUCAGUCGGACCAUACGUAAGCUAUCAAGCACUGCAGUGGGCUUGCAUGGCUUUGCCAAUCAUUUUUGCUGUAGCCUUUUUCUUUAUGCCGGAGACUCCGACGUUUUAUAUUACCAAGGGUCGAUCAGAGGAUGCAGUAGCUUCGCUUCGUUUUCUACGAGGCAAGUCUUCGGAUGGGGUUCAGGAUGAGUUAAAGGAAACGACACAGUCGGUAGAGGAAGCAAUGAAUAGUAAAGCCAGCGUAAUGGACCUAUUUAAAAGUAAAGGCAAUGUUAAGGCGUUGAUUAUUUGUGCUGGAUUAAUCAGCUUUCAGCAGCUAUCCGGGAUCAACGUGAUCUUGUUUUACAGUCAGAUGAUCUUCGCUAAAACGGGUAGCAGCUUGGAACCCGCUGUUUCAACGAUUUUGGUUGGUGUUGUUCAAGUGCUUGCCAGCGGUGCAACACCACUAAUUGUGGAUCGGUUAGGACGUAAACCAAUCCUACUAGCCUCUGCUGGUGGCAUGUGCAUAGCCCAUGGAACCAUGGGACUGUAUUUCUAUAUGGACUAUAUUAAAUCGGAUGCAGUGGAGAGCAUUAGCUGGCUGCCGAUUUUCUCGCUGAUCUUUUUCGUUACGGUUUAUUGUGUCGGUUUCGGACCCCUGCCGUGGGCCGUUCUUGGCGAGAUGUUUCCUGCUAAUGUUAAGUCUAUCGCAUCCUCGAUUGUAGCGUCCACCUGUUGGGUGCUGGGUUUCUUAGUGCUGCAGUUUUUCUCGACGCUGGACCAGGCCGUCGGUUCUCACUGGUCGUUCUGGAUAUUCGGAAUUAUGUGCGGAGUGGCGUUUGCGUUCACGCUAACGACCGUGAUGGAGACCAAGGGCAUGAGUUUGCAGCAAAUUCAGGACAAACUCAAUUCGUAGGUCCUCGUUAUCUAGAUGUUAAGUAUUUAAAAUUUGCGAAUUGUAUGAACAAGACACUUAGUCACUGUUCGUAAUGUUUGUUAAUAUCAAGUGUGUUAUUAAUGUGUAGGUAUUGUAUGUAUGUUUCUUGUUUAAAGUACUAAUUUUACACACAGCUCACACCAAUGUCAAGUGAUACAAAUGACUUGUCCCAAAAUCGCCGUAAGUGCCAAUAAA